AUGAUGAACAAACCAAAUGCAUGGACCGCUUUUGAUCAGCUAGUGUCUUCUCCUCUGCUAUCGGCGAGAAACAUUAUUGGGAGGAAACGGCAAAGGCGAAAGUCACCGAAGAGAACACUCCGAAAAAGCCAGCAUGUGAUAGAUAAGGCUAUCCCCGACGAAGGUCAAUUGAUUGAGGACUCAUCAGAAGAGGAACUAGACGUUCUUGUUAAACCGUCGUCGACUGAACCGUCGAGAACGGCGAAAUUGCAAGAUGUAUCACCUGUACCAGGAGAAGACAGUUCCGUUUCGGAUUUGGACGAUAUUUCAGAAGGAUCGCCGGCUAUAUUUAAUGAAACGAGCGACAGCUCCUCAACAGAAGACGAUUGUUUGGGAAUCACGUGUAGGGAUACGAAAAUGACUCGUUUACCGUUUAAAACAAAACGGUAUCAAAAGCGUCGUCGAAUCACGGAUGAGGAUUUAAACACUUCUUUUAUUAGUACCGUCAUUUCUCCUACAAAAGAUGAAGUUCAAAUGAGCUACCGACAAAAGUGUUUCCGAAGAGAUACCAUUUCUAAUCAAAGUAGGCGGCCUGCUCUGAAUUUGUCGACUGAAUCCCCAGCGAGCACCGAUGUACUGCGCACUAGUAGCCUAAAUGCAUCGCGAUGGAAUCAAUUAGAAACAUCAUUCAUGGAAAAAGAACAUUGGAACAUUGAGGACGUAUCUUCAUCUUCGGAAAAAGAGCGCGAGCAUGACGAUCAGGCCAGAGGUAUGAUCGAAAGCUACACACCUUCGCCCGUAGACACUUUGCCACGGACCGGUCGUCUCAAUGCCGCAUCAUCGUUCUACGACGCCUCAUCCAAAGAAGUAAAGCGAAAGCAUAGAAUUUUAAAACAGCCCGCAGGGUCCGUCAUUGGUCAGUUAGAAUCAGCUUUGCGAGAAAAGAAAUCACGUCAGAAUAUCUGGAACCACGAAGUAUCUUGCGGAAUUUUACGACCAUCGAUGGUAGUGAAAGUGGAAUGCAUUAAUCGAUCCUACGGCCGAAUAAUGAUACAUUUCCGAACACCUUCCGAGGGUGGAAAUCCACAGGAGCUGGUCGAAAAUAUUAUAUGUGUCGAUCCGACCGAUCGGUCACUGAAACAACUCCAAAUCGGAAUGGAGAUUGCGCUUGACAUAGACGACCAGAUCGCUCCGCUCCGCAUAUCCCGCAAUCGUUUGGUGCACCCCGGCAACACUAGAUUUAGUCUCGUACGUACACCAGCACUGGACAAUAAACAAAAACAGUAAAACCGAGUGGGACGUACUUUUUCGCAAGGUUGAUUUUAUUUCCCUCGCUACAUCUCCGCCGGGCACACAA